AUGUAUACGCUUCGAGACGUGCGAGUGGACACCGGGAAGGGAAAAGAACUGUACGGGGACGACUACGCCGACAUCUACGCCAUCCUACGUCUGCACUCUAAGGCAGCGAUGAGCCAGACCUGCGACCGCGUUGCUUUCAGAAUGUUCAGCCGGGUUCCGGUGCCUUGGCAAACCUUGUUCUCAGCGCGCUUUGAAACCCUUCCGUCAGGAAUCAACAACUACGCUGUUUCCCAACUACGCGUCACCCGAAAAUUAAUUCUCCCUUGCCGUGUCAACCCUCGAAAAGCUCGCCGCGAGCUCUCCCAUAUUGAUGUCAUCUGCCGAUUGCUUUGUUCUUCCGCCUCCUCUGGUACACUUUCUAAGUUGCCGCAGUUCCACGACGGUCUCGGCUUCUUGACCAGCCACUUCCUGAUCUCCAACACGUUCGAGUACAGCUUUCAGCUAGUAAACCCCAAGCUGAGCCUGCCCUACUGGGACUUCACCAUCGAGGACACCGAGGCGGAGAUCUCUUUCGACGACGACGACCUCAAGACCGUCCCACCGCUCUUCCAGGAGUCGUGGUUCGGCUCGGCCGAUCCCGAUGACAACAUCGUGAAAGAUGUGAGGUGGGCAUACACGGAGAUCCACCGGGAGUACUCCGGCAAUCCGGGAGACUUGAACUCGGACAUGUAUGGCCUCCUGUGGUCCCACUGGAACGUCAACUCGUCGCCGUACCUGACUCGCGGGAUGGGCACGCUCUGCAACACGUACGACGUGACGCAGGUCUACGAGUUGCCGACCUGCGAGCUCCACUACUGGAUGGCCACCGAGUACUCGGACUUCUACUCGUGGGUGUGGACGAGCAUCCUCAUCGGGGAGGACAACGCCAACUCGCUCGCGCUGUACGCGUUCGACCAGCGCAAGGACUUCUGGCUGGACGGCUUCUUCAACUGCGAGGGCACAGCGGUGGCGGGCGCGACGGAGGACGAUGUCUUCUCCGAGGGGAUGUGCGGCUGCCUGGGCUUCGACCUCAGCAGCAACUCGGAUGACUGGCAGACCAUCUACUACAACUCACCAUCGACUUCGACGACGUUAUCAGCGAUUACGACGACGAGACCAAGCGCAUGGUGGUCGCGGAGGUGUGCACCUCGACCAUCCACGACGGCGACCACCUGCAGUUGUGCGCAAGCGGGCUCCUCGCUUAACCCAACGUCCUGGCCGAUGCACCCGACGAUGGAACGCCUGUUCAUGUUCGCCCGGCUUACGAGGAACAUCUACGACAUGGACAGGCCGGACACCUCGUCCGCCAACCACGUGAUCAGCUGUCACGGCGACGAUUGCGCAGGACACGGUGGCAGCGACGUGUUCACCUUCGACCUUCUCGACUCAGCACAUGACGGAUUCGAGAUCAAGACCGGCAAGAAGGGCAACCCCGAGAUUGCGAACAACUUCACCAACCGAGAGGUCCUCGCAUCGAUGGACGCCCGAACCAGCUGCCCUACGUUUACGACACCUUCAAUUAGGGACCACUGCUUGACUAGCGGCUACGACUUCGACACCGUGUGGGACUUUUCUUCGACGGCUAGCGCCGAGGACGAGCCCAAGUCGACCAUGAAGAUUGAGCCGACCAUGAGAACCUCUGGGCUAAUCCGAAGAAGGGUGGGGCCGGGGCUAGCCAGGGUAGCACCAAGAAGGCUAGCAAGGGCAGUUAUUGACUUGAGACUGGUGGCUUUGCGCGAAGUGUUGAGGAUAGGGUAG